AUGGCGAUGGAACGCACGCGCAUCGCGAAGGUCGACGACGUGACCCUCUCGCGGCGUGGGACGCAAGUCAACGGCACUCUACACCUGACGCCCCACCACAUCAUCUUUGUGCAUGCCCCUCCUGCCACCGACGGAAGUCGAGCUCGACCACGCGAGACUUGGAUCACCUACCCAAUCAUCCACUUCUGCACCUUCCAACCGAGUCCUACCGCCUCGAGGCAGCCCUCGUCUAUCCGGCUACGUUGCCGUGACUUCAACUUCUACUGCUUCUAUUUCAACGACGACCGGAAGGCAAGGGACGUCUACGACAGCGUGAAGGCGUGGACAUGCAAGCUUAGCGGGAUCGAGAAGCUCUACGCCUUCUCAUAUCACCCGACAGGACCAGAGAAAGAUGUCCAGGGCAAAGGCUGGGCUCUUUAUGACCCUAUGCGCGAGUGGAGACGGAUGGGUCUGGGUGAUGAGAAGAGACAGACAAACUGGAGGAUUUCCACCAUCAACAAGGACUACCAGUUCUCCCCGACGUACCCGGCGGUUCUGGCUGUUCCGGCGAACAUCUCAGAUAACACCUUGAACUAUGCCGGCCGCUACAGAUCGAGAGCACGGAUACCCGUCCUCACAUAUCUUCAUCCCGUCAACGACUGCACCAUUACUCGCUCGUCACAGCCACUGGUCGGUGUCAGGGGAAAUAGAAGCAUCCAAGACGAAAAGCUCGUAGCUGCAAUCUUCAACACGACGAGGGCGGAAAGGCCACUGUCGGCAUACGGCUCCCCUCCGCCCGAGCGCGAGGAGUCAGGGUCAAGCAAAGAGACCAAUUGCUCGGUGGUCUUGGACGAGCAGAUCUCGCAGGCAGACGCUGAAGCGGUAGAGGAUGCCAUCAUCUCCCGCUUUCGUGGCGAUGACGAUGCACCCGAAGGCUCAGAUGACAAAAGACCAAUGGUGUACGGGGCUCAACAACGAAACAUGAUCGUCGAUGCACGCCCAACCAUCAAUGCGCUGGUCAUGCAGACCCAAGGCAUGGGGUCGGAGGAUAUGAGCAACUACAAGUUCGCCACCAAGGCAUACCUGGGCAUCGACAACAUCCAUGUCAUGCGGGACAGCCUCCAGAAAGUGAUAGAUUCUCUGAAGGAUUCCGACCUGACGCCGCUGGGGCCUAAUCAGGAGUUACUGCAAAAAAGCAACUGGUUGAAGCAUAUCGGCCUCAUUCUCGAUGGAUCCGCCCUGAUUGCUCGCCAAGUCGGGCUCCAGCACAGCCAUGUACUCAUUCAUUGCAGUGACGGGUGGGACAGGACGAGUCAACUGUCUUCAAUCAGCCAAAUAUGCUUAGACCCCUAUUACCGCACGCUCGAGGGGUUCAUGGUGCUCGUGGAGAAGGAUUGGCUCAGCUUUGGACACAUGUUCAAGCACCGAUCUGGAUUCCUAAGCUCGGAGAAGUGGUUUCAGAUCGAGAACGAGCGAAUUGGCCGAGGCAGUGAUGAUGUUGACGACAAGGACCAGAAGAGUGGAGCGAUGGCCACGUUUGAGAACGCCUUUCUGAGCGCAAAAGGAUUCUUCUCGAACAGCAAGCACAACGAGUCCAGGGAGUCAAUCAACGUCGACUCUGACGCCGACGCGGGUACUGCAGCAAACUACGACUCAGAGUCUCAAUCCGCUCGGCGAAUCGUUUCCGGCGCCCACAAAAAGGAAAAGGACAAGGUCGUCACCAAGGUGAAAGAAACGUCUCCAGUUUUCCACCAAUUUCUCGACGCCACAUACCAGCUCCUGUACCAAUACCCCACCCGCUUCGAGUUUACUGAGCGGUUCCUCCGCCGUCUCCUCUAUCACCUGUAUUCCUGCCAGUAUGGCACGUUCCUGGGCGAUAAUGAACGAGAACGCAGAGAGCUACAUCUGGCCGAGCGCACGAGAAGUGUAUGGGACUACUUUAUCGCCCGUAAAGAGGAAUUCCUCAACCCCAAAUAUGACCCUACGAUCGACGACAAUGUACGAGGCAAGGAGAGGCUUAUGUUUCCCAAGCCGGAUGAGGUGCGCUGGUGGAACGAACUGUUUGCACGCACAGACGAGGAAAUGAAUGUGAAGACUCAGCCUGUGGCCACAGCUCGGCCUAAUGGUACAAGUGACGCUGAAGGGUCUGAACUGUGGACCUCUGUUCCUGCAUCCCAAGCUGGAUACUCGUCUUCUGCCAGCGCGCCUGUUUCCAGGCCUAGGACACCUGUACUCGUAGGCGUGGAAACGAGCGAAGCGACCGUUGGAUUGGCGACUUCUCCUCGUGCGCAGCAAGAGCCCGCCCAGGGUUCCGAGGUGCCUGGACGUUCUGCAGCUCGGUCGAGGAGCCCGUCGUCAUCAAUGCCACAACCACCGCUUUCGCGAUCGCGGACGCCCAACCCACCCGAGUCCGAGGAUGCAACCCCGCGCAAGGACCACGGCCUCUCCAAACAACCCAACGAGCCAAGCCCUGAAAGAAUAAUGAGCGACCGCCUCCGAGCCAUUAAGGAUGACUCCCAGGCCGGUACCGCCAACGUUCUCUCAACUUCCGACCAGUCGACAGUCAUGAUCCAUCAUUUCCCGCACGGGAACGAGGCCAAGCGUACGCCGCUGCCAGGGAGCCCUGCCUUGGCAGGUCAAGAACAGCGGACUGACGCAGAUCAAAGGGCAGCCGAGAUCACGACACAAGAGCAGAGCACACCGACGCCCCAUGAGAAGGGUGAUGAUGCUGUCGAGCCAGACAGUAAUCCUUCCACCGAACAGAAGCCCCUCGGCGUGGCAGAUGAUCUCGACCCGCUAGGUUUGGGUGAGGUCAAGGACAUGCCCGCCGCGCAGAGCAGUCUGAGCAUGCGAGCCCGCGAGCGGAGACGGGAGCAGCUAGAAUUGUUGAUGAAAUGA